GCAACCUGUGGGCGCAGACCUGGGACAACAUAGUCGACCUAAUCGUGCCCGACCUGGCAGCCCGCUUCAACCUGGACCGGAAGUUGAAAGGUGACCGGAAGUGGACUGUUCCAGAAAUGGCGCGCCGAGCCGAGGCGUUCUACACGUCCAUGUCACUGCCUCCCAUGACCGCCGCCUUCUGGAGGGAGUCCCGGCUGGAGAACCAAAAUGGCCGCCAGUGUCAUGGAACUGCUGCCAACAUGUUCCAGCAAGAUGACUACAGAAUUCUAAUGUGUGCUGAAUCUAGCAUGGAGGAUUUCUAUGUUCUACAUCAUGAACUGGGUCACAUACAGUAUUACAUGGCUUACAAAGAUCAGCCAGCAAUAUUCCAGGACGAUGCAAAUUCGGCGUUCCAUGAGUCAAUUGGUGAUGCAAUAAUGUUUGGAGUCAUGACUCCUGACCAUCUUGAACGUUUGGGUCUAAUAAACUCGGCUGAUGAUCCUGACCUGGACAUCUACCUACUGCUGAGAUCUGCCCUGAACAAACUCCCCCAACUGGGCUUCGGCCUGGCCCUGGAGCAGUGGCGUUGGGGGGUGCAAGCAGGGGGUGCAGGGGGGCACCAAAACCUCCCCUCGCACUGGAACACCCUCUGGUGGCGGAUGAGGGAACUACAUCAGGGAAUCCAACCGCCAACUCUACGCAGCGAUAGCUUUCACUUUGAUCCGGCCGCUAAGUUCCAUAUCGUCGAUAACACGCCCUAUAUCAGGUUUGGA